CAACGCGACGGUCGCACACCGAAACCCUGCGCGACUUAGUGUGAUUGUUUCGCUUCGUUCAAAAACAUCACAAAUAAACACCACCGGAAGAAAAUAAAAAGACAUAGUUAUUUGGUUUUGUAAAAAAAAAAAAUAUUUCCCAAAAGUCAAUAAUUCUUACAUUUGCCUGUAAAAAAGACUUUCGACGGAACGAAUAUCGUGCAAGCUUCAAGGCUCAAGGAAUUCGGCAAAUAAAAGUGAUUUUUUUUUUGAACCCCCAAUCAGGCUUUAUUUGUUUCCCCCUUUUGUUUUGUCAACCAAGUCAACUGCCAAUCCAAACGAUCCGACUGCUUUUUUUUGGGCUCGGCGACAGUUAAACGACUGGGGGAAAGAUGACACAUCAGGGCAUUGGUUGCGUGGUCAAGUGGUUCUAUCUGGUGCUGAUCGUGCACACGCUCCUCUGCAUCGGCCAGCUCGAGUGUCGCGAGCACCACAAUCGGAAUAACAAUAACAAUAACAGAAGAUCGGACUCGUCCAGUUCCGAGGAGAGCCAUGGCAACGCCAGUGAUGGCCUGGACUUUGCGGACCAGGACGGCGGGAUAGGUAGCCACCAACAGCGGCGAGGUCAGCGGAAGAAACAUCAGGGCGGCGGUGGAGGAGGAGGUGGCGGCGGCGGAAACGGAGGGGGUGGUGGCAACCGGCACAGCCGCAACGAGGAGAGCGGCAUCUCGCUGUGGAUCAACGAGCAGCAGCUGAAAAUGCUGACCGCGCUCUAUUUUCCGCAGGGCUACUCGGAACGCCUGUACGCCAUCCACAACAGCCGGGUGACCAACGACCUGCGCGACACCACGCUGUACAACUUCCUGGUGAUUCCGUCCGAGGUGAACUACGUGAACUUCACCUGGAAGUCGGGACGACGUCGGUACUUCUACGACUUUGACCGCCUGCAGACGAUGGACGAGAGCAUCCUGAAGGCGCCGACGCUGUCCAUCCGGAAGAGCGGCCGCAUUCCGCAGGAGCAGAAGAAUUUUAGCAUAUUCCUGCCCUGCACCGGCAACAGUUCCGGCACCGCGUCCUUCAACGUCGGCCUCAAGAUCCAGACGCGCAACAACAAGCCGCUCUCCGGCACACCCAUUCGCCUCAACUUCAAAAAGGAAUGCGCCCACAGAGGUGUGUAUGAUAUAGACGCUUCCAACCCUACUUCACUAACAACUUUGCAAGCUCCCGAUCCAGAAUGCAGCUUGAAGUGCGGCAAGAACGGCGUCUGCAACGACAACCACAUCUGCAAGUGCAAGGUGGGCUACACGGGCCAGUAUUGCGAGACGGCCUUCUGUUUCCCGCAGUGCCUCAACGGUGGCAACUGCACGGCUCCGUCCAUCUGCACCUGUCCGGAGGGCUACCAGGGCACCCAGUGCGAAGGUGGUAUUUGCAAGGAGAAGUGCUUGAAUGGCGGCAAGUGCAUACAGAAGGACAAGUGCCAGUGCUCCAAGGGUUACUACGGCCUGCGCUGCGAGUACUCCAAGUGCGUCAUUCCCUGCAAGAACGAGGGCCGGUGCAUCGGGAACAACAUGUGCCGCUGUCCCAACGGAUUACGUGGUGAUCAUUGCGAGAUCGGACGCAAGCAGCGCUCCAUCUGCAAGUGCCGCAACGGAACCUGCACCUCCCACAAACACUGCAAGUGCCAUCCGGAUUUCUACGGGCGCCACUGCAACAAUCGCAAGCGUAGACAUGCCCACCGAAAGGGCGACUCCAAGUUCUAGACGAAUCGUGACUUUUCCACGGGCUUCCGGGCGCACACGAUCUAUUGUAAUAUUCAUUGAACUUGAACACUUUUCUACUAAAAAGCACAGCAACAACAACAACAACAGCGACAAAAGGAUGAAACAAAAAUAAUUCUAAUUGUGAUAAAAUUUUUUUGUAAUUUAACAUUUUUAAAUAAAAA